UGGUCUAUGAGUACAUGGAAAACAAUAACCUUGCACGAGCAUUGUUUGGUCGAGAAAAUCAUCUUAAACUGGACUGGCCAACAAGGCGUAAUAUUUGUAUUGGGAUAGCAAGAGGACUAGCUUUUCUCCAUGAAGAAUCUGUACUUAAAAUUGUUCACCGAGACAUCAAAGCUACUAAUGUGCUGCUUGAUCGGGACUUGAACCCUAAAAUAUCCGACUUUGGAUUAGCAAAGCUCGAUGAAGAGGAGAAGUAGGACAUAUUAUCUGAAGUAUUACAUAAAGUAAUAGA